UUCAAUGAGUAUCAGAGAGUUUGCCCCCCAAAAAAUCACACAUCAAAGACCUUGAAGUUGUUUCCCAACUUUGGAAUACUAUCAAAGUACAGUCUACUGGCCGUCAGGUGGAGGUGUCCAUGGACUCCGUUCAAGGACACGCACACACACACACAUGCCUACACCUAUCCAGUUUUUUUUUCUGGCACGUUUUCAGGACAAAGUGUGGGGGGAAGUCAUUAGUUGUGGAGUUACGUCAAGGGCUGUGGCUGUGAAUCAUAUAAAAACAGCGCUAAGAGCACAUGAGGGCAUCUUCAAGGAUUAAAGCCACACUCUAGUUCCACCAGUUUUUGUCUCCCCAGCAGUCAUGAUACUAAGCAUUGCCCUCAUUUGGGCCAUAGUUGUUGGACUCUGUUGUUGUCUUUGGCUUAUCACAGGAAUACGCAGAAGAUUGCCUGGGGAGCCUCCAGUAGAAAAUGGCUGGAUCCCUUACCUUGGUUGUGCUCUUCAGUUUGGGGCCAAUCCUUUAGAGUUUCUUCGCAGCAGACAGAAGAAACAUGGUCACAUUUUUACAUGCAAGAUUGCUGGGCAGUAUGUCCAUUUCCUUUGUGAUCCAUUCUCCUACCAUGCCGUUAUCCGCCAAGGAAGGCAUCUAGAUUGGAAGAAAUUUCACUUUGAUGCCUCUGCAAAGGCAUUUGGUCAUGAGAGCAUGGAUCCAAGUCAAGGUUUCACCACCGAGAACCUGCAUCAGACCUUCUUGAAGACCCUGCAAGGGGAGGCCUUGUCUCCUCUCAUUGAGACCAUGAUGGAAAACCUACAGAGCACCAUGCUGCAGUCAGGCAUGCUGAAGGCCAAACCCUCAGAGUGGCAGAGCGAUGGUAUUUUUGCCUUCUGCUACAAGAUCAUGUUUGAAGCAGGCUACCUGACCCUCUUUGGGAAGGAAUUGGAUGGAGACCAGAGUAUUGCACGCCAGCAAGCCCAAAAAGCUCUGGUGCUCAAUGCAUUGGAGAACUUCAAAGAGUUUGAUAAGAUCUUUCCUGCUCUGAUCGCUGGUCUCCCCAUUCACGUUUUCAAAAGUGCCUACAGCGCUCGGGAAAAUCUCGCCAAGACAAUGCUCCACGAGAACCUCAGCAAGCGUGCCAAUGUGUCUGACCUUAUAUGCUUGCGCAUGCUCUUGAAUGACACAUUAUCUACCUUCAACGAGCUGAGCAAAGCCAGGACCCAUGUGGCCAUGCUGUGGGCUUCACAAGCCAACACUUUGCCUGCAACCUUCUGGACCCUGUUCCAUAUGAUCAGGUGCCCUGCGGCCAUGAAAGCUGCUAGCGAGGAGGUGAGGCGAACAUUUGAAAGUUCUAAUCAGAAAGUCGAUCCCAUGAAUUCUCGACUUGUACUAACAAGGGAACAGUUGGACAACAUGCCAAUUCUAGACAGUAUCAUUAAAGAGGCGAUGAGGCUGUCCAGCGCAUCCCUGAAUGUGAGAAUGGCCAAGAGCGAUUUCCUUCUUCAUCUGGACAACAACGAGUCUUACCACAUCCGCAAAGAUGAUGUAAUAGCUCUGUACCCCCCGAUGAUUCACUUUGAUCCUGAGAUCUAUGAAGAUCCUCUGACAUAUAAGUAUGAUAGAUACCUUGACGAGAAUGGACAGGAGAAGACCAGCUUUUACCGAAACGGACGCAAACUUCGUUACUACUACAUGCCCUUUGGCUCUGGGGUGACCAAGUGUCCUGGCCGCUUCUUUGCUGUGCAUGAGAUCAAGCAGUUCCUGUCUCUACUGCUAGCGUACUUUGAAAUGGACCUUUUAGACCCUGAUGUGAAAGAACCGCCGUUGGACCAGUCUCGGGCUGGACUGGGUGUUCUGCAGCCCACCUAUGAUGUUGACUUUCGAUACAGACUCAAAUCUCACUAGGAAUCUCACACUUAUUUAUGGACUGUUGACUUAAGCUGUAAAUAAUGUACAUUUUGCAUCGCGUCCAAGCAGACAAAUGUGAAUAGGUUUCAAUUGUGUUUUCUUUCUAUUCUAGCUGAUUUGAGAGAGAUUUUACUAAGUUUGAAAGAAACUUCAGAGAUCUCCUUUUAAAAAAAUUCAGUAACAUUUACUGCACUUAUCCUAUGUUUAUUCAUAGUAUUCUUCUCAAUUCUUAAAAUAUCUGGCAGUAUUCAAUAUUGAACAUUGGUUAGAAAUUGGAAUCGUUCAUGCUAUUUCAUUGGUGGUUUACCAUUUUUGUAAAAUGAAAGGCUAUGUGCUUUGUAAUUGCAGGUUAAUUUUACUUUUUAAACAAAAGGUGCUUAAAGGUGUGCUGUAAGCAAUUUUAUAUGGAAUUAAAUGCAGAAAACGAUCAAA